AUGCCGCUCAAAUUUGUAAAAAGCAACAAGGGAAAGAAUCAGCUGGUUGCUGAUGGUGAAUUGUAUUACAAGCAUGGGGAGGGGUCUAAUGGAAAAGUUAUUUGGCGGUAUGUACAGUAUAAAACCGGGUGUCGGGGGAUUUGUCACACGUCGUCGGAGUUACGCGAUGGUAUCAUUUUGCAUCAAACUGAGCACACAACUCACACUCCUAACGCUGCAGCAGUUGAGACAAAGCGCGUUGUUGCAAAAUUACGGAAGAAAGCGGUGACAAGCAAGGAAGCAUCAUCGUCGUUAGUGGCGUCCGUGCUGGGUACGGUGUCGUCUCCUGUUGCUGCACAAUUACCGAGUGCUGAGUCAUUGAGUCGGACUGUCCGAGGAAUCCGUCAAAGAAACAAUCCUUUACCGCCUAAUCCCAGGAAGAACACAUUGUAUGAAAUACCAGAACACUUUCAAAAGACAUUGAAGAGCGUGAAAUUCUUGUUAUUCGACUCUGAGGAUAUUAACAACAGACUGCUUAUAUUUGCUACGGAGGAUAAUCUGCAGGUGUUGCGAGGAUGUGACAUAUGGUAUUGUGAUGGUACUUUUAAAGUAGUGCCUGAAAUAUUCGACCAACUGUACACCGUGCAUGGGGAGGUGAAUGGCAAAAUUGUGCCUCUUGUAUAUGCGUUAUGCCCUAAUCGACGCAAGAGAACAUAUCAAACUCUGUUGCGGGUUCUAAAAGAUGCUAUUCCCGGGGUGGCCCCAAAAAAUGUAAUGUCGGAUUUUGAGAUGGCAUUUUUAAAAGCCGUUACACUAGAAUUUCCCGAGUGUGAAAUCAAAGGGUGUUUAUUCCAUUUCGGUCAAGCACUUUGGCGUAGUAUACAAGAUCACGACCUUGCGCCAUUGUACCGCGAGAGCAGCCGCGUAGCUCGUAAUUUGCGAAUGUUAUUCGCAUUGGCAUUCGUUCCUUCCUGCGAUGUCACUUACGCGUACGAUGCUUUGCUGCAGUCGAAAUUUUUCACGGAUAAUGAGAAAGAUUUGAGAGGUUUUCUCGAUUAUUUUGAGCACACUUGGGUUGGCGUGUUAGGUCGUCGUAAAGUACGACGCGGCGCAAUGUUUGACAUUUCUUUGUGGAACCACUACUCCUCAGUGAUGGUGGCUGUUGCUCGUACCAACAAUGCAGUGGAAGGAUGGCACCAAGCACUAAAUCGGAGAGCAAAUGGUUCGCAUCUCGUACUGUGGAAAAUGAUUGAGUUGCUUCAAGCAGAGCAGGGUCUCGUCGACGCUCACAUUGCGCGCGCGAAUGCUCACGCUCCUGCGAAUAAUAGAAACAAGCGCUACAAAGACAACGAUGCGCGAUUGAAGAGUCUCGUUGCAGCCUACAACCGACAGGAUGUGUUACAAUAUUUGAAGAAUGUCGCUGCCAAUCUAUCGUUAUAA